ACUUAGAGCGUCGUGAAGCGGCGCUAGCAUGCUAAACUGGGGAUAUUUACCGGUGAAAAGUGGGGAACCGGGUAACGGAAAAGCUAAAACUAUUCUAAUGUGAGCGAAGGAGUGCCGCAGGGGCUGAUGGGAAACUGAGGAGAAAGUUUCCUCCAACUUUUGGUCUAGUUUCCGUUCGCAUGCCUGUUAGCUCCGCUGCUAGCUCUGCUAACGGCUUUCAGCAGUUUGAAAAGUUAUUGAGGCAGACCGCCGGGGAUUAGACGGACCCAUCAGGCCGGGGAUUAGACGGCCUCAUGACGGUGGAAGGAGUGAGACACUCCGCCAUCCUGUCCGCCCUGUUCGGCGGGACGGACGAGUCCGAAACCCUGGGAGCCGCACAGUUCAUUAAAGAGCGUCUGUACUUCGCCACGUUACGCAGUAAACCCAAGAGUACGGCUAACACUCACUACUUCUGCACUGAUGACGAGUUUGUCUACGAAAAUUUCUAUGCAGACUUCGGCCCUCUGAACCUGGCCAUGCUGUACCGAUACUGCUGCAAACUGAACAAGAAGCUGAAGUCGUUCACUCUGACCAGGAAGAGGAUCGUUCACUACACCAGCUUCGACCAGAGGAAGAGAUCCAACGCCGCCGUGCUGAUCGGAGGCUACGCUGUGAUCUACCUGAAGAAAACCCCUGAGGAAGCUUACAGAGCUCUGAUCUCCGGAUCCAACGCCUCCUACCUGCCCUUCAGGGAUGCGUCCUUCGGGAAUUGUACCUUCAACCUCACAGUGCUCGACUGUCUGCAGGGCAUCAGGAAGGCUCUGCAGCACGGCUUCUUUGACUUUGAGACCUUCGACGUGGACGAGUACGAACACUACGAGCGGGUGGAGAACGGAGACCUGAACUGGAUCGUCCCGGGGAAGUUUCUUGCCUUCAGUGGACCGCAUCCUAAAAGUAAAAUAGAGAACGGUUACCCUCUCCACGCCCCCGAGGCGUACUUCCCGUACUUCAGGAAAAACAAUGUGACCACGGUAGUGCGUCUGAACAAGAAGAUCUACGACUCGAAGCGUUUCACGGACGCCGGCUUCGACCACUACGACCUCUUCUUCUUAGACGGCAGCACACCGAGCGACACCAUCACACGCCGCUUCCUGCACGUCUGUGAGAGCACGGACGGCGCUGUGGCCGUCCACUGCAAGGCUGGUCUGGGCCGGACCGGCAGUCUGAUUGGCUGUUACCUGAUGAAGCAUUACCGCUUCACAGCAGCUGAGGCCAUCGCCUGGAUCAGGAUCUGCAGACCCGGCUCCGUGAUCGGACCUCAGCAGAACUUCCUGGAAGAGAAGCAGGCAUCGUUAUGGUUGCUAGGUGACAGCCAGCGUUCCCAGAAGGCCAAGCUGGAGGAGAGGGCGACGUCUCACCUCAUCAGCAGCAUGGACGACCUCUCGCUGAACCCCCCCCACAGCAACCUGCACGAGAGCGAGACGGUGGAUGUGGGUCCAGGCCUGACUCAGGGAGACAAACUGAGAGCCUUAAAGAGCCGUCGACCCCCCCGACCCGCCACCACUGGGCCCCUCAGGGUGGAGGAGAUGAAGACCCACAGCAGGUCGGCCUCGCAGCCCCUCAGAUUGUCGAUGGGCGGCGGUCAGGGUCCCGCUUCCCCCCUCAAGUCCUCCAAGUUCCCAUCAUCCUCUUCUUCUGCCGCUGCCAAGAGGAUCGGGAGAAGUCCGUCGACCACGGUGUCCAACAUCAGGAGCUCUCGGUUGGCCAGCUCUCUCAGCGAUCUGUACGCCGACCUGGAGGACUCCUCUCUCCCCUCCUCCCCCUCUGUGUCUCUCGGUCCCUCCCCCUCCCACAUGGCCCCUCCCUCUCUGGGUCGCUAUGGUAACGGGGCUCGCAGCACGCAGCUCGAGGUGAACAACAACAGCAGCGGCCGGCCUCAGGACCCCUACAGGGUCUCCCACGGUGCUCUGCAGGGGCCGUCAGGACGCUACCUGAGCCGCUCCAUACCUUCUCUUCAGUCUGACUACAUCCAGUACUAAAACUACACGUCUCACCUGAGGACUCAUUACCCACAACCCCCUCUGUGUGCGGGGGACGCUCAAAGGGAAGCUAAUAAAGCAGCUCAGAGACUGAAGAGACUCGACAGCAGCUGUGAUCACUGUAUGCUAAUGAGCGGCAUGCUAAUAAGGGGCAUGCUACGUAGCGGUAUGUAAAUGAGCAAUAUGCUAAUUAGCGACAUGCUAACGAGCUGUCUGUAAAUAUGAUGUAAUCUACACGCGUGUUUUUGGCUGAAGAAGAUAUAUUUAGAUAACGACAGAUUUUAUAUUUGUUAUUUGUGACAGAAAAGAUAUUUUUGUUUCUUUUGAUAAAGUGAAGGAUCAGCAGACGGCGAUUCUGUCGCCAUAGUUACAGUGUUUACUUCCUGCCUCUACAGCAAUAACAACAAUAACAAUAAUAACAAUAAUAACAGUAGAAGAACAAUAAGGGACCCAAAAGCUGACUGUACGCAACCCAACUCAGGAAGUGUGUGUGUGUGUGUGUGUGUGUGUGUGAAAUGCGUCUCCGUUGCAUCCUGAUCAGGUGAUGCCUUCAGGCUCCGCACGGACUCCUUAGCGUUGGGUUUUAAAGGGAUCUCCUUCAGUAUUACAGAACACACUUACUAAAACAGUGAAUGGAUUUCUCUCUGAAGUCAUCGGAGGAUUUUAGAUAUUUCUGCUUUAUUUUCGGGUCACGAGUUAAAUACAUUUAAAUGUGUUUUAUAAAACAAAGCCUUGUCUUCGGAUCAGAGCUGCAAAUUACAAAUAUUUCACCACGGAUUUAUCUGCAGAUUACUUUUCAUUCAUUCUCUGGUUUAUAAUAUGUCAAAACAUAUUGAAUAAUGUGCAUCCCAGAGUCUCGGAGUCCAAGCUGAUGUGUUUAAUGUAAAGCAGAUUUUACAGACAUUUUAACAUGACUUAUUACUUAAGCCUCUAUUGAUUCUCAAACUAGUUGAAAAUGAUUUUACUAGACUAGUCGACGAUGUCUGCAGACUAGAAAUCCCUCGCUGAGCUGAACUGGUUUGUUGUAUACUUUUUAUUUCCAAAUGUUUUUGCUUUUAAUUAAAUUUUGUUUUAUUCUUUUUUGUUUUCGGUCGUCUAGCUAAGGUUUAACCUCUGGGAGCUCUGACGUUUAAUUAAAGUCCUGCUGGAUGUUUUUAGUUUCAGAGCGAGCGCUGCAGGUUUCCUGACACGCGUUCAGAUCCACGGAGACGUUUACAGUUUAAGGACCUGCUGACCUUUGACAGGCCACUGUUCAAACAGCUGAUCGAUCAGUUAGCUCACACUGACUCAGGACUCAAAAUAAAUACAUAAUGAUUAUUAUCAUGUAUAUUCACCACAAACUGAAGACACACAUUUAAAAUCAAGGUUUGAUUUUGUUUUAUAGAAAACAUGUUUUUAAUCCGUUAAAAUAAUGAAUAUUUACUGAAGGAGAGCGUCUGUACUGAGGAAGGUUGAAGAUACAACACGAUGAAAAUAACUCCGUUUAUUUUAAAAGACUUGGCUGUGAUUCAUACAUUCAUUCACAUUUGUGUUUUAAAUACUUUAAACGGAAGGAUUCAGGAGUUUAAUCAACUUAUUUUGAUCAACAUUGUCUGUUCUUUUUGACCACGUGACACCGGCUCAUUCAGAAACAUUUGAAUCCUUGUUGGUGUCCUGUCAGCUGAUUGGCUGUCAGGACACCAGCUGACUGCUCUGAGGGCUCUGAUUGGUUGAGAGGUGGACGUUGAGUGUGUGUGUGUGUGUGUGUGUGUGUGUGUGUGUGUGUGUGUGUGUGUGUGUGUGUGUGUGUGUGUGUGUGUGUGUGUGUGUGUGUGUGUGUGUGUGUGUGUGUGUGUGUGUGUGUGUGUGUGUGUGUGUGUGUGUGUGUGUGUGUGUGUGUGUGUGUGAUCAAAGGUUUCUCUGAAGUGCCUUCAACAGCAGAGGGCUUUUAUUUUGAAAGGACCCCCCCGUCCUGAUUGGCUGUUAAACUGUAACCUGUUACUUUACUAAAGGGAAAAGUUAGAAAUGAACUUGAAAAUAAACUAAUUAUUCUUCUGA